AAACCUUGAUUAGUACUACACUAAAAAAACAAAAUGGCAUACUAUGGCAGUAACUAUCCACCCAUGCAAAAUCCUUAUGCAGGAGGAUACACUUCCUAUGGAUAUGGAGCAAAUCCAUACCAGCAAGCCCCAGGAUUUGGAUUUGGAAUGCAAAUUAAUAUGCAGAUGGGAAUGCCGGCGAUGCAUCAGAUGCCCCCGUCUACCCAAACCAUCGUCAUUAACAACAACGUUUGGAACCAGAACCAAGCAUUUAUGAAUGCAGCGGCACAAACACUUGGAGGUGGUGAAAUGGAAGAACUUGUGCAACAAGCUGAGGAGGAGGAAGAGGAGGAGGAGGAGGAGGAGGAGGAAGAUUUGGAGGAAGAAAUUAGAGAAAAUAGGAGGAAGAACAAGAAGAAGGCCAGAAAACAGAAGAAAAUAGAAGAACUGUUGGCACAGAAGAUGGAGGAGGAUGAAGAUUUUAUGCAAAGGUUGAAGACGAACUACAUUGCCAACUUAAAGCACCAUCUGGACAUGGACGGCACACUGGAACCUACAGAGGGGACAGUAAAAGCUCUUGAGAAAUAUCCAGAAGAUGAUCCCAUGGUGCAAUUUAUGCUAGAGUUUGACGGAACAGAACUUGCUGGUGAAAAAUGGGAUCCAGAAACUGACAGUAUAUUUUUAAAGGAAGCCAUGGAUGGCGCUGGCACAAAUGAAGAAGCCAUCAUUCAUGUGAUAGCCAAUCGUACGCAUGCACAGAGACAGGAAAUCAAACAGAUGUUCAAGACUGCAUAUGGAAAGGAUCUGAUUGAGGAACUGGAGUCUGAGCUCAGUGGUGAUUUCAAAAGUGCCGUGAUGUCUUUGUUUGUUCCACCUCAUAUUUACGAUGCCUAUUGUAUCAAAGAAGCCAUUUAUGGCCUUGGGACAGAUGAAUCUGUACUUAUUGAGAUUUUUGGUACUAGAACACCAAAGCAGAUAAAAGCAAUUAGAGAAGUUUACGCUGAUGUUGCAAGCCCAAACAGAAAAGAAGGGGAUACUCUAGUUGAACAGGACAUUGAAGAUGACACGAGUGGUGAUUUCAAACAGUUCCUCAUAUCUGCAUGUCAGGGUGGACGACGAGAGCUUGACCCAGAUACAUUAGAGGAAGCAGUGGAACCUGUCACUUUUGAGGACAGACCAACAGGGCAGUUCGUCAUCAACAUGGAAAAGCUAGUAAAUAUGGGUAAAGCCAAACGUGAUGCUCAGAAACUGUUUGAGGUCACUGAAGAUCAGCUUGGUACCAAUGAAGAGGAAAUGAUUCGUAUCUUCGCAGUUCCGGAGGUUUACCAGUCGAGGGCCACUUAUGAUGAAUAUGUUAAGCUGACUCAAAGAGAUGUCGAGAACACUAUUGAUAGGGAAACUUCUGGAAACUUUGGUAAAGGACUUCUAACUAUGGUGAUGGCUCUGAAGUGCCGCCCAAAGUAUUUUGCUGAACGCCUUGUGUGGACCAUGAAGGGGCUUGGGACACACGACUCAGAUCUUAUCCGUGUCAUUACAAGUAGAUCAGAGAUUGAUAUGGUCCAGAUCAAGGAUAGUUUUCUGGAAAUGACCAAGCAGACAUUGUAUAAUUGGAUCGACCAGGAUUGUUCUGGUGACUACAAGAAACUUCUCAUGGCCAUUGUGGGCAAAAAUUAAUUCAACUGACCAGAAUUGUUGUGCUGACUAAAAGAAUAUUAUCAGGAUAGUUACGUUUGUCACAUGUUAGAUUAUUACACACUUUAUAUGCUGAAUGAUAAAAUGUGAAAACCAAAGACAGGGGGUGUUUUCUCUUGGACUUUUUUUUUUUUAGGUCUUUUCAUCAGAAAAGAAAAUUUGUGAAAAUUUACAGUAAUUGAGAAAUAACAAUUCUGAAGAUAAAUACUUUAAUUAUGUAAAGAUCUUGACUAUAUUCGAAAUAAAUUCUUGUUUUAAAAUUGUGAAAUACUUCUUGAAAUGAAGUGGAAUCAUGAGCAAAUAGUUUUUCUUGUCAUAUAUGUUUGAUCUCUUUGCAAACUCUUAAACGUACUGUUAUGGUCUAUUUAUUGGUUUAUGCUUGAAAUUCAAAAGAAAUUCGAUUGUGAUGAAGUUUAUUGUUUUGAUUUUGUUUAUAUUUCAUUUUACAAUGAAUGACUAUGUUUUGCAUUUUUUAUGAACAGCACUGUAGAUCACCUAGGCAUACAUACAAAUUGAAUAAUGCACUUUGUGAACAUUGUAUGCAGUAACCUGUGUCGUUCAUGUGAAAUGCAAAAUAUAAUCAUAUAAUUAAUUCUUACAUUUACAUUUUACUAUUUAAUAUUUGAAAGGUUAUAUUUUUUGAAGUCUUUUAUUUCUCAAAUACUUUUUUUCCGGGAUGUAACUUUGUAUA